AAAGUUGAUUUCCCAGUGUGGAGGGGAAAUCGAAAGAGCCAGUUGGGUUAGAGAACUGAACGAGCGAGCGACAGACAGAAACAGAGAAGAGAAAGUGCUUGAAACGAACAACAACAGCGCCAGGAUUUCCCUCUCCUCCUUCGCUAUGCCAUUGAUAAUCCACUUCUCUACUCUGUAACACAAUUCGAAACCCCUAACCUGCUCAAUUUCACAGUUAAUUUCAAUUUCUCUUUUUGUUAGACUCAAUCCAGUUCUUGCUCUUUCAUCUGGAGCAUCGAGUUUUUGCCCUCGUUCUGAUUCUCCACCGCUACUGUUGCCUCCGAUUGUGUUUCAUUUCGACCAGAUUGUCUGAGUAAAGGGGGAAAGAUACAGCUUGAAUCGAAUCUCUUACAUAUGGGAGAGCAAACGCAAGUGCAGGUUCAGACUCAGACACAAAGCCAAUCUCAACCACAAUCCCAGCCUCAGAAUACGCUUCAUGAAUCCUCCAACUCCACAACCCCUAUCGCUCAAGCCACUGUAAUGUUAAGCGAGGUGAUGAAUGCGCCAUCGCAAACCUCUUCUCCCCCAUCCAAAAUGCCCUUGCGUCCGCGGAAGAUCCGAAAGCUCUCGCCGGAGGAAUCAGAUCCAAAUUCCUCUCACGCUCUUGCCAUUCCGGAUGGACCGAAACCUAUCGCCACCGGUAAAUCUAACAAAAGCAAGACGACCCAACAACGCGCCGCCUUCGCGUCUGCCCCAGUUCCGCCUGCCCGUUCACUUUCCUGUGAGGGCGAGGUGGAAAUCGCGCUUCGGCAUCUCCGGAAUGCGGAUCCACUCCUUGCACAGUUGAUUGACCUCCAUCAACGUCCUACCUUCGACAGUUUUCAAACCCCAUUUCUUGCCCUAACUAGAAGUAUCUUAUAUCAGCAGCUGGCUUACAAAGCUGGCACUUCUAUCUACACCCGUUUCAUUGCCCUUUGUGGCGGCGAGGCUGGUGUUCUUCCUGAAACGGUUCUUGCUUUGAACCCUCAACAACUCAGGCAAAUUGGAAUUUCGGGUCGUAAAUCUAGUUAUCUUCAUGACCUUGCGAGGAAAUACCAAAAUGGGAUUCUUUCAGACCCGGCAAUUGUAAAUAUGGAUGAUAAAUCGCUGUUCACGAUGCUCACAAUGGUCAAUGGAAUUGGGUCCUGGUCUGUUCACAUGUUCAUGAUUUUCUCGCUGCACAGACCAGAUGUGCUUCCUAUCAAUGAUCUUAAUGUUCGCAAAGGUGUUCAGCUUCUUUACAAUCUUGAAGAGUUGCCUCGACCAUCGCAGAUGGAUCAGUUAUGCGAGAAGUGGAGGCCGUAUCGAUCGGUUGGGUCGUGGUAUAUGUGGAGGCUCGCUGAGGCAAAGGGGGCUUCUUCAAGCGCCGCAGCAGUGGCUGCUGGUGCCAGUUUACAACUACAGCAACAAGAGCACCACCAGGAACACCAGCAUCCACAGCAUCCACAGCAGCCACAACUUCUUGACCCGCUUAAUAGCAUUCUCAAUCUUGGGGCCUGUGCUUGGGGGCAGUAACCCAGAUUGAAAAGAGUACAUUUCUGCAGAUAUCCCAAUCAAUUGUCCACUGAAUGAAAAGUAUGCCAAUUAUGUGGGAGUAGAAGACUCAACAAUGAAUAUUUGGUUCCUCGAGGUUGGAUACUCUAGACUUCCAUACUAAAUAAUGAAAUGACAUGUGCUAGGUUUCUUUUCUAGGUUGGUUGACAUCACUUUUAAGGCCGUCAACAUGUAUCAUGUGGUGGGGAUUUAUCGAUAGAAUGUUCCUCUGAAUGUCUGCUCUCAAUGUGAUUUAGCACAGUUGGACUUCGAGAAAAUCGAUUGUUCAUUUGCGCAUAUUCAACGGCAGAACAAUCUGUAAUGACUUUGUGAUCUAUCUCUUACCCCUUUCUCCGUUUUCAUUUUA